GCUCCCGCAGUUAGAGCUUGGAAAAGGGCCACCCUUCCUGCUUCCCUUCCUGCCUUCCUUUUUUCCUGCCUCAUUCCCUCGUUCCUUUUCAGAGAGGGAAAGGAAGCCGCCGCCUCACGCCCCUCUCAGCCUCCCUCCUCCUCCUCCUCCUCCUCUAAAGGCAACUCCAAGGGCAGACAGAGAGAGAGAGAGAGGGGAGCCCCCCGCCUCGCUCCCCUUUCCCCCCGGACCCCCUUUUCGGCAAUGUCCAAGGGCUUGAAGAAGAAAAGCCACUGGACGAGCCGGGUCCAUGAGUGCGCGGUGCUGAGGGGCGCCGAGGGCCAGCUGGGCUUCGAGCUCAAAGGGGGCGCCGAGAACGGGCAGUUUCCCUAUCUGGGCGAAGUCAAGCCCGGGCAGGUGCUCUACGAAGCCACCGCCGGUGGAGGAGGAGGAGGAGGAGGUGGAGGCAACAAGCUGGUGCCCGAGGAACUGCUCCUGGAGGUGAACGAGACCCCCGUGGCCGGGCUCACCAUCCGGGACGUGCUGGCCGUCAUCAAGCACUGCAAGGACCCCGUCCGGCUCAAGUGUGUCAAGCAAGGAGGCAUUGUGGAUAAGGAUCUUCGUCACUACCUCAAUUUAAGGUUCCAGAAGGGCUCAGUGGACCACGAGCUGCAGCAGAUCAUCCGAGACAACCUCUACCUCCGAACAGUGCCAUGCACUACAAGGCCUCAUAAGGAGGGGGAAGUCCCUGGUGUGGAUUAUAUUUUCAUCACUGUUGAAGAUUUUAUGGAACUAGAGAAAAGUGGUGCUCUUUUAGAAAGUGGAACAUAUGAAGAUAACUACUACGGUACUCCAAAGCCUCCAGCAGAGCCAACCCCAUUACUGUUAAAUGUAACAGACCAGAUACUCCCAGGUGCAACACCCAGUGCUGAAGGCAAACGCAAAAGGAAUAAGUCAGUGAGCAAUAUGGAGAAGACUGGAAUAGAGCCUCCAGAGGAAGAGGAGGAAGAAAGAGCUGUAGUCAAUGGGAAUGGCAUGGCAAUAACACCAGAAUCAAGUGAACAUGAAGAGAAGAGUACAGGUGCCUCAGGUGAAACCUCCUCUCAGCCUUAUCCUGCACCUGUAUACAGCCAACCUGAAGAAGGAAAAGAAGAUAUGGAUGUAACAAAGCAGCCAAAACCUGAAGAAAAUGAUGAAUUGGGCCCACUACCUGACAAUUGGGAGAUGGCUUACACAGAGAAGGGAGAGGUCUAUUUUAUUGACCAUAACACAAAGACAACAUCAUGGCUGGAUCCACGACUUGCAAAAAAGGCUAAACCCCCUGAAGAGUGCAAAGAAAAUGAUCUUAAUCUAAUGGGUUGGAUCCCAAGGUUCCCUUCUUCCGACGGAGGAAGCUUUCCUCUGACAGAGGAAGAGAAUAAAGAGCUACCAUAUGGCUGGGAGAAAAUUGAUGAUCCCAUUUAUGGCACUUACUAUGUUGACCACAUAAAUAGAAGGACACAAUUUGAAAAUCCUGUUUUGGAAGCAAAAAGAAAGCUACAACAGCGUACCAUGCCCAACGCAGAACUUGGAACCAAGCCUAUGCCGGCCCAAGGUUUCCGAGUAGAAAGCUCCUCAUCAACAUUACCUAGGCCCAAACAUGUUCACCCGCGCCCUGCUCCUCAGAGGUCUCGCAGUGUGAGUGACCUGUCUCAGUGUCGGCGGGACAUUGCUGGAGUGUACAGGCUGUAUGAAAAACCACUUUUCACCCGGGAUGCCUCACAACUGAAGGGGACUUUCCUCAGCACCACACUUAAGAAAAGCAAUAUGGGCUUUGGAUUUACCAUCAUUGGUGGGGAUGAGCCCGACGAGUUUCUCCAGGUGAAGAGUGUUAUUCCCGAUGGGCCUGCCGCACAGGAUGCCAAAAUGGAGACAGGUGAUGUCAUUGUCUAUAUUAAUGAAGUUUGUGUCCUUGGGCAUACUCACGCAGAUGUAGUCAAACUCUUCCAGUCUGUUCCCAUUGGUCAAAGUGUCAACCUGGUGCUAUGUCGUGGAUACCCUCUGCCCUUUGAUCCUGAAGAUCCUGCCAACAGCAUGGUGCCACCACUUGCAGUCACGGAGAGGCCUCCAGUAGUAGUAAAUGGAAGACAUAACUAUGAAACUUAUUUGGAAUAUAUUUCUAGAACUUCUCAGUCUGUUCCAGAUGUAACAGAUCGGCCACCACACUCCUUGCACUCCAUUCCAGCAGAUAGUCAGCUUGAUAGCACAUUCCCACCACCUGUUCAUGAUGAUAAUGUUUCAAUGGCUUCUUCAGGGGCCACGCAAGCUGAACUCAUGACCUUAACCAUUGUGAAAGGGACCCAGGGCUUUGGCUUCACUAUAGCAGACAGUCCCACAGGACAGAGAGUGAAGCAAAUUCUAGACAUUCAGGGGUGCCCUGGUUUAUGUGAAGGUGACCUCAUUGUUGAGAUCAACCAGCAGAAUGUACAGAACCUGAGCCAUGCAGAAGUAGUGGAUAUACUUAAAGAAUGUCCAGUUGGAAGUGAGACCUCUUUGAUUAUCCAUAGAGGAGGAUUCUUUUCACCAUGGAAGACUCCAAAGCCUGUGAUGGAACGAUGGGAGAAUCAAGGCAGUCCUCAGACGAGUUUAUCUGCUCCAGCUAUACCACAGAAUAUUCCCUUUCCACCCACCCUUCACAGGAGUUCUUUUCCUGAUUCAACAGAGGCCUUCGACCCAAGAAAACCUGACCCAUAUGAGCUGUAUGAGAAAUCACGAGCUAUUUAUGAAAGUAGGCAGCAAGUGCCGCCCAGGACUGGUUUUCGAAUGGAUUCCUCUGGUCCGGAUUACAAGGAGUUGGAUGUUCAUCUUCGGAGAAUGGAAUCUGGAUUUGGCUUCAGAAUCCUCGGAGGAGAUGAACCUGGACAGCCCAUUCUAAUUGGAGCAGUAAUUGCCAUGGGCUCAGCAGACAGAGAUGGUCGCCUGCAUCCUGGAGAUGAGUUGGUUUAUGUAGAUGGAAUUCCAGUAGCUGGCAAAACCCACCGAUAUGUGAUUGAUCUCAUGCAUAAUGCAGCUCGAAAUGGUCAAGUGAAUCUAACUGUGAGAAGAAAGGUGCUACCCACAGACUCCUGGAGUCAGAAAAAUUCCCUCCAGCCUGGUGCAACGCCCCCUAGCAGCUCCCCAAACCCUAGGAAAAUGGCCAGUAAUCAAGGAGAACCAUGCCCAGAGAAUGGCAGAAGUCCAGGCUCUGUGUCAACACACCACAGUUCUCCAAGAAGCGACUAUGCCACCUACGCAAACAGCAACCAUGCUGGAUCAAGUAGCAAUGCUACACCCCCAGAGGGCUUUGCUUCACACAGCUUGCAGACGAGUGAUGUUGUCAUCCAUCGCAAAGAGAAUGAAGGGUUUGGCUUCGUUAUCAUAAGCUCCUUGAACAGGCCUGAAUCAGGAUCUACAAUAACUGUACCCCAUAAAAUAGGCCGGAUAAUUGAUGGAAGCCCUGCUGAUCGCUGUGCGAAAUUAAAAGUCGGAGACCGGAUUUUAGCUGUGAAUGGCCAGUCUAUUAUUAACAUGCCUCAUGCCGAUAUUGUGAAGCUAAUUAAAGAUGCUGGUCUUAGUGUAACUCUUCGCAUCAUUCCUCAGGAGGAGCUGAACAGCCCAGCUUCCGCACCCAGCUCAGAGAAACAGAGCCCCAUGGCACAGCAGCACAGCCCAAUGGCUCAGCAAAGUCCCCUCUCACAGCAGAGUCCUGUAGCACAGCAGAGCCCCGUAGCACAGCCAACACCUCCACAGCCGCUCCAGUCUCAAGGACAUGAGAACAGUUACAGGUCAGAGGUAAAAGCAAGGCAGGAUGUGAAACCUGACAUCCGACAACCUCCGUUUACAGACUAUAGGCAGCCUUCAACGGAUUAUAGGCAACCUCCAUUAGACUACAGGCAUCCUCCAGUAUUGGAUUACCAGCAACCACCUCCUCUGGACUACCGGCAGCCCCCCUUAAUAGACUACAGACAACAUUCUCCUGAUACCAGGCAAUAUCCCUUAUCAGAUUACAGACCGCCCCAGGAUUUUGAUUAUUUUACUGUCGACAUGGAAAAGGGAGCCAAAGGGUUUGGAUUCAGUAUUCGAGGAGGACGAGAGUACAAAAUGGAUCUCUAUGUCCUGAGGUUGGCAGAAGAUGGGCCAGCAAUAAGAAAUGGAAGGAUGAGGGUGGGAGAUCAAAUAAUUGAAAUUAAUGGGGAGAGCACAAGGGACAUGACACACGCCAGAGCAAUAGAACUAAUCAAAUCUGGUGGCAGAAGAGUGCGGUUGCUAUUGAAACGUGGAACUGGACAAGUCCCAGAAUAUGACGAACCAAACUCCUGGAGUUCUCCCACUGCCGCCUCCCCAGGUCUGCCGGAAGUAACUAUUUCCCUUGAUGACAUUGUUUCACCAUUAUCUUCAUCACAUCUAGCCCAACCCUCUGACCCUUCCCACUAUAUAAACCCAGAAACAACUUGGGAUACUAAGAGGGAACAUGAUGUAAGAAAACCAAAGGAGCUUUCAGCAAAUGGCCACAAAAAGAAAAGGUUAGGUGAGCAAAGAGAAAGGUCUGUAAGUCCUAAAAAGAUAGACAGGUCAAAGCAUGAAGAGGCUACUAGGAAAGGAAGCUCGGAAGGCAAGAGUAAGACUGGUGAAAGUGGCAGGCCAGCAUCAGAAAGUAAGGCGGUCGGACUGAAUGCAAUGGCCGAGGCUCAAGUACAAGAUCAUGGGAGUGCUGGAACCAAUGAUGAACUGGCUGGGAGAUACAAGUGGCUGGAAAGCAAAAGAGGAGGAUCUCUUGGCAUAAAAGACCAUAAUACCACAGUUGCCGCAGUGAAGAAACCGGCUGCAGCUUCCGAACAUGUCAAGCUGGAUUCCACUGGUGCUACAAAGGCGUACAGUAGCAAUAGCUGCAGUUCUCAUGGAAGUGAUACGGAUCACAACCAGAAGGAAUCAGAGAGGAAGCCCGGCGAGUUCCCACGGAAGGGACAUCUCCACUCCAUUAACACACACAGCACCAACACAACAGCUCGGAAGGCAACGGUCUCACCAGGACCGUGGAAGAUUCCAGGUUCUGAUAAGCUGCCAGGUGUACUAAAAUCUGGCACUUCUGCUAUGAGCAGAUAAAUCCAUGACAGUUGCCUUCUAACUGUUUCACAGUGACGCAGAACAUCCUUCUUAGCUUCUGUCUCACAUUGAUUUACUUUAAUUUAUUUUAACUAUCACACCCAUACAUACUCAAAACAUUGAGGAACGGAAACAGUAAUAUGUAAUUCCAUGACAAAACGUGCAUAAUGUCUUAAUAAGUUGAAGCAACAUAAUAACCACACAGUAUUUAAAUGUGACCCACAAGUCCCCAGUUUCACUUCAGAGACUUUGGCAGCUAUGGAAGAAACCAAAAUAAUAUGAAGGACAGUUGACCAUGAGGACAGUGCAGUGUAGCUUUAGUUUGUUGUUUUCCACUGCAUGAAGGAUUUGGGAUUUUUCAUUCAAACUUUAUAUCAAGAAACUGGAAGAAGUUAGAGCAAUCACAAACUGGAACAUCGCCUUAAAUAAAACUGCACAGAGCAAGCUAAAAGUGGAAAUAGAAUCUUUUAUCUGAGUUAAAUGUUGUAAAUAAAUUGUUAUUGACAUAUCCAGAUGGGGGUUUGAAACCUUUGAAAUUGUACAUCCAUGACAUGUCUCUACUGUUAACACUUUGGAAUAGACCACCCAAUACCAGUAGCAUAAUUCAUUAUGCAAGGUGAGGAACCCUAGUGGAUUAGCUGGUGCGAUACCAUUUCUACUGCCAUUUUUUGUGAACAAACCAUAUUUCUGUAUGUUGGGGAAAGAGUUAGGGUGGAAUUGUAUUUGCAAAUCAAGCCUCAAAAGCAGUUUACCACAAGUUACUACCCCACUCACAAGUGUGUUUACACACACACACACACACACACUGGAUUUACCAGAUGCCACACCAAUUUCAACAUGGAGAACUGUAAUAUACAGUUUUCAAACACCACUAUGAUGUCAGGGUGAUUCUUGGAAGAUUUUAAAAGCUGCAGUUUCCUUUCAAAACAGCCUCUGUCUCCUGCAGGAAUUCAUAACUACCUGAACAUUUGGUCAACUUUCUUUUGAUAUGACUAUCUUUCACAUGUGUCCUCCAUCCCACAGUAAAACUUCAAAGAUAAGAGAUUUAGGGGAGAAAUCCUCAUUAUAUGGUCAUACAUUCAUCAGGCAUCCUGUUCUUUUGUUCCGUCUAUGUUCUUAUUUAUGUCUGUCUUGCUUUUAAAGUUCAAAAUCGUAAGUGUCACAAGAACAUUUUAUUCCACACCGAUGAAGUGCAGCUUCUCCAAUGAGCUCCAUUUCUUAUCCCUGAGAGGAUAAAAAAAUAUAUCAACAGCAAUACAAAGAAGAGCAAAAACAACCACACACACAAAGAUGCAACACUUGGGAAUAUGUCCUAGGCAGACUCUCAUGCAACCUGGAAAUGCACUGCUCAAUGACUUGAGUAAAGUCCAGUUACUGUUGAAAGUCAGUGGAAGUUUUGAUUUGGAGAAGAGCGUGAAGAGGUGAUGGGAUAUUAGCCAUUAAGAUCAUUCUUGGUGCAAGAGAUCGGCAUCUUGCUAGCUCUCCUAAAGCAUUUCUCAAUGAGAGCUACUGCAGUUCUGUUUUUCCUUCAGGAGAUAUGGAGACAUAUUUCUGCCAUAGUAGUUGGGAAAGAAAGGAUUUUGCACCUUUGAAACAAAACGCUUAUUUAAGAACUAGUCCCUUUAUAAUUUUUUAAGAAAGCACAAAGAUAUGUAGCUGUUUACAAAAUAUAUAUAUAUAGUUUUUAAUUAAGAAAUUAGAGAUAUAUCUUUAUCCCCAGUCUAGAUAUUUGGCAUAAUUUGAUGUUAAUUUAUUAAAUCUGGACUUCGGCUAGUGUUUCCCUAAUCAAAAUGGAAACGCAUGUCCAACUAUAUUAUUUCCUACACACAAUGAACAGAAACAAACAGCAAUGGGAAAAAACAAACAGUCGAGAUUAUGCUUGCAUAAACUCCAAUUUGCACAGUGCCCAGCGAUUCCUUGUGCAGUAAUUGCUUUAUGCGGCUGUAAUUGAUAACCUGUGAAGACAGCACAUCAUCUAAACCCCAUUCCAAAUAAUAUUUCUGUGUAGUGUUAGCUGUGAAUUUACCUUGUACAGCUCUAUCGCUAUAAAUAUAAUUCCAUGUAUUAAUAGUCACAGAAAGGCUGUAAGUGAGCAACUAUUUUUAUGAAACGCACCACUAUGGAUAAAUUAACUUUUACAGAAAUCUUGUUUACUGUAUGAUAUUCUAAACCACUCAAAUAAAAUAUAUAUCCAAGAAUCUUUU